AUUAUAUGGACGACGGAUGGCCGUCUGCGUUUGGUCAGGUUUGUGGGAAGUCCGUUGAAGACGAUUGUGCAUACAUUAAUUCGCAUCUCAAUUCACUGGGCAUUCUACAUUACGGCAGUGACAUAAGCUGUAUGGUACAACUAAACGCCGGGAAACGACGUGGAGCAAGGUAUAAGCUACAAUUCAAAUGGUUUGACCUCGAGUGUACUGAAGACUGUACCGCGGAUUCUUUAACCAUCUACGAUGCACGCAUGUCUAACAUUAGUAAAGCGACACCUAUCGGACCAUUUUGUGGUGACAUUGAUCCGUACAUGGACACUGAGUAUAACAUGACCGAGUACCCCACACAACAGUACUUGACCUUGAAAUUCAAAACUGACAGCGGUACUGGAAAGAAGGGAUUUAGAAUACUUGCAACACGGACUUUACCGUAUCCGUGUUCAGAUGAUUACUUCCAUUGCAAGGCCGAGAACCGCUGUAUAGAUGGAAGACUCAAGUGUGACGGUACUCCACAAUGUGACGACCACACAGAUGAGGAGGGUUGCUCGUUCUGGGAGAAAUUACUCGGUGGGUUUCUAGCACUCGGAGUUUCAGGCAUAGUUGGUGUCACUUUCCUUGUCGUGUUUUUGUGCACGGGUAUUUGCAUUACCGUCUGUGCGUGCACGUGCUGUAAGAAACAAUGCCAGUGCCUUUACAAGUGCUGCAAGUCGGUAAAACCGGGCGGCAACAAAGUUGGGGUGGCUGAAGAUGAUGGGACACGAAUGAGUGGCGUAAAGAGCAGUGGAAGUGGGGUCACUAAUAAUGCAGACGUCAAACCUACCAACAACGCACCUGGUGAUAUUCCGCUCGGAACGAAAGUUCUUGUUGGCGUUCCACGAGCGAAACAACCGCCGGCGCCGAACACAUCGCUACAAUCAGGCGGCCACUUAACCUCAACACCAGGAAGUGUGUCUCAGACGAACGUCGCGGAGGGAAAUGUGACCAAAGUCGACUAAGAAGAUCAAGACCUAAAUUUAACUGUGCUGAUAAAAGUUUGUUUAACUGCAGAAUUAACUUGUAUAUAAAAGAAAAGACUUUGAUUUAACAUAUAAAUUCCUGUAAUCCCUUCUUGUCUGAAUUGCCAAGAAGUAGGCCUAAUGACUGCCUUUUUUCUCUUUUAGUUAGUUUGAACGACAUUUUAUUUAUAAUCCAUUCAUUUACAUAAUAAAGUACAUAAAAUAAAAUUUACGGAUUGAGUAUAGGAAGCUUGUAAGCUUUUUUGAAAACUCCGUUUUCUCUUUUGUAUCAAACUAUGAAAAAGAAUGUCGAAACGUAAAGAAAAAAUGAAAAUAAGAAGACUGUAAAUACUAUACAAAAACUAUUUGUUUUGCCUUAUUUUCAGACAACAUACACUGAAAUGUUGUUGAUUUUUGUUGCAAUCAACUACAUGUAUAUUUGUUUUCUUGUUCUUCUUGAUUUACUUCCUAUUGAAAUUACAAAAUUAAUAUAUUUUUAUCUGCAUGUUUUUAUUUAUCCUUAAUACUUUUUAUCGUCUGCGUAGUAGAGAUAAAUGUGAUGUCACUAUGGAUUGAUUAAGUACCCAAAUUUCUUUGAUUGAAAGUGAUUUAUUGCUUUUUUCUGAAAUGUAAAGGCAUAAAAUCAAAUAAAAUGCAAUAGAGGGAGUUAAAUAUUGGUGCUGUGCCAAUACCGGUAUAUCUAAGUAAUAAAUAUUCUUUCAAAUUCAAGCAAUAAAGAUAAUACAAACAGUA